AUGGCUCAGAUUUCGGCCGCGCUGGUCAAGCAACUGCGCGACAAGACCGGCGCCGGCAUGAUGGACUGCAAGAAGGCGCUGACAGAGACCGACGGAGAGCUGGAGGCCGCGGUCGACUGGUUGCGCAAGAGCGGCCUCGCCCAGGCCGCGCGCAAGGCCGGGCGCACUGCCGCGGAAGGGCUGAUCGGGAUGGCGACGGCGCCGGGCAAGGCGGCGAUGGUCGAGAUCAACGCCGAGACCGAUUUCGUUGCACGCAACGCCGACUUCCAGGCGGUGGUGCGCGAGGUUGCCAGGAUCGCGUUGGACUGCGAGGGCGAUCUUGAGCGUUUGUCGGCGGCGUCCUAUCCGGGGACCGACCGCACCGUUGGCGAAGAGAUCACCAACCUCGUCGGCACCAUCGGCGAGAACAUCCAACUGCGGCGGACAGUCGUUCUUUCCACGCCGGCGGGCGUCGUCGGCGAUUACAUUCAUGCUGGUCGCCGUGGAGUCCGAAGCGCCCGCCGAAGCCUAGAGCGCCCCGCCCAUGAGCUCGCCAUGCACAUCGCCGCCGCGAGCCCGCAGGCGGUCUCGCGCGACUCGCUGGAUCAGACAAUGGUCGAGCGCGAACGCGGGGUCCUCGCAGAGCAGGCGCGGGCCGAGGGCAAGCCCGAGAACAUCAUCGAGAAGAUGAUCGAGGGCAGACUGCGCAAGUUCUUCGAGGAGGUCGUCCUCCUGGAGCAGACCUGGGUUAUCGACGGCGAAACCCGAGUGAAAUCGGUGCUGGAGUCGCUUGCCGGUACGCUCGACACAUCCGUCGCGGUGAGCGAUUUCGUCCGCUACCAGCUGGGCGAGGGGAUCGAGCGGGAGAGCAAGGACUUCGCCGCUGAAGUUGCCGCGCAACUCGGGUCCUGA